ACCUCUUCCUUCUAUCAAUACCCUGUCCAUCUAUAACUAAACUGUACUAAAAUACAGACGUUAUUCAUGAAUGAAGUAGCUAGCUUUAGUGAAUAAUAAGUUGCAUGCCAACCGGUUAGAUAACGCUAGCUAGCAGAGUUAGCUAGCAUAGCUAACGUUAUAUAUUUUAAGCAAUUUUAGCAGGUUAACCUGGCUAAGAUGUUUAUGUACAGACCUCAGCUUAUACAAUUAUGUGCAACUAUGUUUCGAUAGAUUGUUUAUUAUGAGAUAUGUAGGUAAUGACCAGUGAGCUUUUUAGCUAACGUCAAAGGUUCUGUGGCCAGAUUUGUUUGCAAGAGAUGUUAGUUGUGACUGAAAACCUACGUGAACAGUUAGCAUAGCUAGCACGUAACCUACGGCACCUAAUAUUGUGUCGGUCAGAUUUAGGCCUGCAGUUUUAUGAUCGACAUUUAGCUUUCACUUGUUAGCUGUGGCUUGGUAAUGUUAACAUUAAUCAAACAGGACGCACGCUAGUGAGAUGUUACUGUAAAGCUAGUUGGUAAUUGCAGUCUGCAGAAAAUGGCCAUGAAAGCCUUGGAAGUUAUCAUUUGUUCGUCAGAUUGUCUAACAUUAGCGUAAUAAGGGAAGGAUUCAGCACCUAGUUAAUACGUAUAAGGCUCUGAGCGGUUAGUUGCUUACCAUUAAUUUGUCAUUAAAUAGGUCCCAAGCCUUAGAAAUGUACAUUAGGAGUAAACUCAAUAGGAUGGCGAUACAGUGAAGUUUAUGUUACCGACCACAUGAUUUACUCAAUUGCUGUGACUUAAUUUAACCACAUUAGCUAACAUACAAUUUAGUUGAUCAGAAAAUGUACUUGUUUACGCAAGUUAACUUACGUCACUUGCUACCUAGCGAAUAUUAAGUCAAAAGCAGUUUUGCCUGCUAUCUUUGUAUGAUAAACCAAGGACAGGCCAACAAAUAGACAGAUAUAUUAGGCGAUUGUUUAUAUAGCGCUUGCUAAUGUUUGGUAUAGAGUACAUUUGUGUUAAAUUGUUCUGUCAAAUAUAUUGACAUUGUGUAUUGACAUAUAUUGACUGGUUUCAUUUCACUGAUCAUUCAAAAAACACUGUUCGAGUGUACACAAUAGAUGUCAAGUAAGAAUAAGCAAUGCCAACAGUCAUACAGGGUCUGUACCCCGCGGAAUAGUUUCCAGUUUUAUGUCUUGCUAGCAGGUGAGGAAGCUAGCGUCACGUCGCCCGCUUAGCAUCAAUGCAUUUAGUGACGCAGUUGUCUGUAAUGCUACUUCACGGCAAGGACAGGCAUCCGUGAUUCUGCAGGACCGCUUCGAACCAUGGAAAAACUAUUCGGACUGGCUGAUAUAAAGAAGGUAUCUCAAACACUGGACCAACUCAACCUGGUAGACUUGAAUGGGUACGGUGAUCGUAGAUACAUUGAGCCAGCACAAAUAGCCAACCGUUUUGGUGACUCCAUUAUGCCUGUGAAAAAGAAGAGAAAGUCCUCUGGUUCCGACGACUCUGGUCUUAGAAAGUGUAAAAUUACCAGUUACUGCAGAACUCAAACAUCAAGUAGACUGAUAAACCCAGAGGAUCAGUUCUCCAAUAAAAAGUGCCUCGCCUGGUUUUAUGAAUAUGCAGGUACAGAUGAAGUGGUGGGACCAGAGGGAAUGGAGAAGUUUUGUGAAGAUAUUGGUGUGGAGCCGGAGAAUAUUGUAAUGUUGGUGUUGGCUUGGAAACUAGAGGCAGAAAAUAUGGGUUUCUUCACUAAAGAGGAGUGGCUAAAGGGGAUGACCUCACUGCAAUGCGACUGCACAGAGAGGGUACAAGGCAAGCUGGACUACUUAAGGUCUCAACUCAACGACAGUGUAGUGUUCAGGCACAUCUACAGAUAUGCCUUUGAUUUUGCUCGGGACAAAGACCAGAGAAGUUUGGAUAUGGACACAGCAAAAUCAAUGCUAGCUUUAAUCUUAGGAAGGACGUGGCCCUUAUUCCCUGUCUUUCAUCAGUUCUUGGAGCAAUCCAAGUAUAAAGUUAUGAACAAGGACCAGUGGUACAACGUUCUAGAGUUCAGUCGCACUGUCAAUGCUGACCUCAGUAACUAUGAUGAGGACGGAGCCUGGCCCGUGCUGCUGGAUGAGUUUGUGGAGUGGCAGAAGGCUCGGUCGGCAUUAUAGCGGAAGAGGGGAGCGUGCCAUUUGAGGAGACGAAGCACACAGGAGGAUGUUCUCCCUCUCUUCCGACAAAAACGAAAUAAGUAACUUAAGUAAAACACACAACACACACCUCCCACGGGUCACCUCUCCUCUGUCUCAGUGGAAGGUGAGAGUGAAAUAUGCUCUUAAGAGACUUCUUCAGUGUUUAAUUAAAAAGAAAAAAAGAAGUUCAGUACAGGAAGAAGGACAAACCUAAAAGGGGGAACUAUUUUUCGUAUGUCUUGCAUAUUGUUGCAAUGGUUACAUAGCCAGUGUUGUAAGAUCUACUGGGCAAUUUAUUUGUUUCUGUAAUAUUUUGUUUUUCCUUUUUCGAGUCUUACCUUGUUUAUAGUGUUUUCAAAGGAAAAAUAAAGAAUUAAAUUGUA